GUUGCUGGGCGGCGCAUAUAGCAUCCAGGAAGAGUCUGCAGUAGUAGCAUGAGAUGAGAAUGUUCUAGCAAAACAAAAAUAUUAAAUUAAUGCUUCAAGCAGCGUCGAAUAGCUCGUAAGGAACCUAAUCAGUCCUUGGUGUUUCCCCGUCACAGCGAUGGAGGAGACGAACAGGGAGGCGGUAGCUACAGCCGUGCAGAGGGUGGCCGGGAUGCUGCAGCGCUCAGACCAGCUGGACAAAGUGGAGCAGUACAGACGCAGAGAGGCACGCAAGAAGGCGUCUGUAGAGGCCAGGCUUAAGGCAGCCAUCCAGUCUCAGUUGGACGGAGUGCGCACAGGCCUGACGCAGCUGCACAACGCCCUGUGUGACGUCAAGGACAUCCAGAACUCGCUGGCUGACGUCAGUAAGGACUGGAGGCAGAGCAUCAACACCAUUGAGAACCUGAAGGACGUCAAGGAGGCCGUGGUGCAGCACAGUCAGCUGGCCUCCGCAGUGGAGAACCUCAAGAACAUCUUUUCAGUGCCGGAGAUUGUGCAGGAGACACGUGAGCUGAUCGAGCGUGGUGAGCUGCUGCAAGCACACCGUCGACUCAUGGACCUGGAGUGCACACGUGACAACCUGCUGUACGAGCAGCACCGACUGGACAGCAGGAGCGCACCUGAGCCGGGCCUCAUCGGAGCUUACUUCGGUGAGGUUCAAGGCCUCUCUGACGAGCUCGCUAAACAGCUGUGGCUGGUCCUGCAGCGUGCCCUGGUCACCGUUCGGCGCGACCCUACCAUGCUAGUGUCAGCUGUGCGCAUCAUCGAGCGUGAGGAGAAGGUGGACCGUCGCAUGCUGGAGCGCAACCGCCAGACCUCCUUCCUCCCUCCGGGCCGUCCCAAGCACUGGAAGAACCGCAUGAGCGUGGUUCUAGAGGGCAUGGUGAGCGGCCGCAUCGAGAGCGCGCAGGCCGAGACCCGGCAAUCCGACAAGAUGUGGCUGGUGCGCCUGCUGGAGAUCACACGCCGCUACGUCCUGGACGACCUCCUCAUCGUCAAGAACCUGGUGGUCCAAUGCUUCCCACCACACUACGACACCUUCCGCCUGUUCCUGGACCUCUACCACAGAGCUGUGUCCUCACGUGUCCAGGAGCUUGCCGAAGACGACCUGGAGCCCAACGAGAUCGUGUCUCUGCUCACCUGGGUGCUCAACACGUACAAAAGUGUGGAGAUGAUGGGCCAUCCAGAUCUGUCCCCAGAGUGUGACGCCAAGCUGCUGGAGCCUCUGCUGCCUGAGGAUGUGGUAAACCAACUGCUCGGGAAAUACCUGGCCACUUUCACUUCGAACAUCACAGGCUGGCUGCGGAAAGCUCUGGAAACAGAUAAGAAGGACUGGCAGAAGGAGACGGAGCCCGAGGCGGAUCAGGACGGCUACUACCAGACCACUCUACCUGCCAUCGUCUUCCAGAUGUUCGAACAGAACCUACAAGUGGCGGCUCAGAUCAACGAGACGUUCAAAGAGCAGGUUCUGAUGCUGUGUCUGAAACAGAUGAACUCCUUCCUCAUCAGGUACAGGGACGAGGCCAUCGCGUACAAGGAGGAGCACUUGAAGGAUCGUCAGCUCCCGCAGUGUUACGUCCAGUACAUGAUCGCCAUCAUCAAUAACUGCCAGACCUUUAAGGAAUCUAUAAAUAGUCUGAAACGGAAAUACUCGCAGUCGACCGAGACCAACCCGAGCGACGCAGCCAUCGAAAAAACCCUGAAUGAAGUGGCCAAGGAGGGUUGCCAGUUCUUAUUGGAUGAAGUCUUCCUGGAUUUGGAAAAUCAUCUGAACGAGCUGAUGACCCGGAAGUGGUUGACCGGCUCUCAUGCGGUGGACACCAUCUGCGUGACCGUGGAGGAUUACUUCAACGACUUCGCCAAAAUUAAAAAGCCUUAUAAUCAGGAGAUGACGAGGGAGGCUCACCGGCGCGUGGUGGUGGAAUACCUGAAAGCCGUCAUGCAGAAACGCAUCACGUUUAAAAACGCCGAAGAGAGGAAAGAGGGAGCGGAGAGGAUGAUCAAGGAGGCAGAUCAGUUCAGCUUUCUCUUCAAAAAGCUCUCUUCUGGAGAGGACACAGACUGGCUGUGCGGCUCCAUCUCUGCCAUAGCGGAGGUGUUCAAGCUGACCGACCCCACCCUUCUCUUCCUGGAAGUAUCCACACUGGUCUCCAAGUACCCGGAUAUCAGGGAGGAGCACAUCCUGGCCUUGCUGGCGGUCCGAGGAGACGCCACCCGUGACACGCGGCAGAUGAUCAUCGAAACGCUGAACCAGAGCAAACCGUCCGUCUCCCCUAACACACUGCCCAUCUUCAAGGAAAUCACCGUGCCAACCAUCACGGCAACCAUGACGGCAAUGGCCGUGCCUAAACUGUUGAAAUAACCCACUGACCCGUUUGGCCUUAUCGGAACACUUCAUCUUCAUCAUCAUCAUCAGGAUGGCAAAAAGAGGGAAAGACGUGUGUACAGAAAACCCUUAGAUGUGUGUGUUUUGUUUUCUUUUAAAUACUAAAAUGAUCCUGCACCUCCUUCCCUGAAGACCGGAUAAUCAUUUCUCCAGCAGCUCCCAGCUUCUGUGUGAUCCUUUGGGAAAGAAAUCAAGUCACAGCCUGACCUUCAUGCCACACUUUUUUGUUCCAGGAGCCACCUGUAACACUCGCACUUCCUGUUUACACGCGUGACUCGAUGAUUCCUUCAUGACGUGUGAAACACUGUGACUCUGAGUGCAUGGAAUAUAACAAUGCUGUAAAGUUAAUGAGAGCCAAAAUAGACCAAAAAAAAAUCGAUUCAGAUGAAUAAAAUAAUAAUUAACACUAUUUCAAGACGUCGUUGCGAGUUAUAAAUACACACACAGAUCGUAGUGGUGUCUAUAACGUGUCACAGGUUGCUAUGGCGACCAGGAAACCUCUCUUAGUGGCUGUAGAAGACAGUGGUGAGACCGGCCGUGCUGUAUGGUCCAGAGGCAGUGUCACUGAGGAAGAGACAGGAGUCAGAGCUGGAGGUAGCAGAGCUGAAGAUGUUGAGGUUCUCUUUGGGAGUGAAGGUUGGACAGGAUUAGGAAUGAGUACGUCUCAUGGGGACAAAGUUAGAGAGGCCAGAUUAAGAUGGUUUGGACAUGUUCAGAGGAGAGAGAGUGAGUGUAUUGGUAGAAGAAUGUUGGACAUGGAGCUACCAGGCAAGAGGCAAAGAGGAGGUAUAUGGAUGGAAUAAAUGAAGAUAUGAAGCCAGUGGGUGCAAGUGUUGAGGAUGCAGAAGAUAGGGAUAGGUGGAGAGAGAUGAUUCGCUGUGGUGACCCCUGAAGGGAAAAGCCGGAAGAAGAAGAAGGAUGGCUGUACAACGUUACACACAGCAAGACACUCCUGAGUAUUUUAGUUUUUUUUUUCUUGAACAUUUAUUGCUAAUAAUUCAACAGAGAAAAUGCUCCAUUUGCUUAAAAUGCAAAUACGAUCAGAGAUAAAUUGUAACCUCCAUGUUAAUCAACAUUUACAUAUGAAAUACGAUAAACAAUCUCCGAGGCCUAAAUAAAAACAGACUCUUUUUAUACA